AUGCAGUUUAUUAGCGAAAAGAAAUCUAGCACCACAGCCGUCCCUAUGAAACGCACAACGGAUCCGAUUGUGACUGGAAGUACGGUACUAGCAAUGAAGUACAGAGACGGCGUGAUGAUGUGCACGGACACUUUAGCUUCCUAUGGAAGUAUGUCAAUGUUUAAGAAUGUACAGAGAAUGUACGUGCUGAAGAAUAAUGUAAUCAUCGGAUUUGAUGGAGAAUAUAGCGACUUUGCCCACAUUGUUGAAGAACUUGAGAAGAUUCUGGAUGAAUCCAUUUUCCAGGACGACAAUUCUAUGUUGACCGCUGCUUCCACAUUCAACUUUUUGCGAGCUUGGCUGUACAACCAACGCACAAAGAUGGAACCUCUCUGGAAUACGAUUGUCGUGAUCGGCCUGGAGAACCAAAAGCCCUUCCUCGGCAUCGUAGACAAACUGGGCGCCGCCUAUGAGGAGAACUUCACCGCCACAUCAUUUGGAUUGUAUUUCUGCCUGCCGCUGCUUCGCUCCUUGUACCGAGAGGACAUGACCGAGGAGGAGGCCCGUGCGACGUUGGAGGAGUGUGCUCGCGUUGGAUAUUAUAGAAAUUGCUAUGCCAGCAAUCGCAUACAAAUGGCGAAGGUGACGAACGAGGGAUGCGUGAUAAGUGAUCCGUAUGUGUUGGAGACGCGCUGGCUUGUCUAA